CAUUCCGAGUGGUGUUCAAGCCGAAACGAAGUUAUGAAUAGCAGCUUCUAUUCCGUUUAAAUGCCACUUCUCAAUUAGCUGGAACGCUCCGCUUGAGCACUAUAUAAGUCCUCAAAUGGAUGGUUGUGAGCGCACCAACAAUUGACUGCAGCAACUCUCCACAUUUCAAAUCGACAUAAAAGCCCAGCACCAUGACUGAUAGCAACACUAUCUACAAACAAGUUCACGAACACUAUGGGUCUGUCGCUCGCAGUGCGAGGUCUGAAUACAGUAACGUAAUCGCCAAAGCCUUUGGUUACUCCGAAGAAGAGCUUAGCAGUAUCCCUGCCGAUGCCAAUCUUGGACUGAGCUGCGGAAAUCCCAUCGGUAUCGCGGGUCUCCGUGAGGGCGAAACCGUCAUUGAUCUCGGUAGUGGUGCAGGGUUUGAUGUCUUUCUUGCUUCCAAAAAGGUGGGGUCCUCUGGUCAUGCCAUUGGAGUUGACAUGAACAAGGACAUGCUUGAACGAGCAAGACAGAACCAAAGCAAACUACCUGAUGCUGGUAAUGUGUUAUUUAUCGAGGCAAAGAUCACUUCAAUUCCGCUAGAUGACAACAUCGCAGACUGUAUAACAUCCAACUGUGUGAUCAACUUGGUGCCUGAAAAUGAAAAACCUUUAGUGUUUGCGGAAAUUGCGCGUCUUCUCAAGCCUGGUGGCAGAGUCGCUAUUUCGGAUAUUUUAGCUCGCAAGCCAUUGCCGCCAGGCCUGCGGGAGAAUGUCGCCUUGUACGUGGGCUGUGUUGCUGGGGCGAGUACAAAGGACGACUAUACAGGCUGGUUGAAUGACGUGGGGUUCAAAGAUAUCACAAUAGUCGACGCGGGGAGCGAUCUUAAUGUCUACAUUGAUGCCGCAAGAACUGGGCAGGCAAAGAAGCACGCUGUAGCCGGCGCAUCGGGAUGCUGCGAUAACUCAUGCUGUGACAAUGGCACAGCUGCAGAGACAAUCGCCAGCGAAUACGAUCUUUCUGGUAUAAAUAUCAAUGAGUGGGCUGGAUCAUUUAAAAUAUUCGCCGUCAAAUGCUAGGGUGGAGCUGAAGGAGAAUGUCAAAUCGAUGAUGGUAGCAAUUCUAAAACGAAUGAGGUCGUUUUCCAAUAAUGAUUGAAUACAAGUCUCUCGUUAUCUGUGUUUAUUUAAUGGCAAUCAAUUACGCGCUUGUCCGAGGUAGGAAAUGAAAGGC